AUGAUGUUGUCAGAAUUUGAAAUCAACUUUGUCCCGCAAAAAGCAAUAAAAGGACAAGCUUUGGCUGAUUUUCUGGCAGCACACCCAAUUCCAGAUGAUAUGGAGUUGCGAGAAGAUCUUCCUGACGAAGAAGUCUUCACAAUUGAUACUUCAUCAUGGCAAUUAUAUUUUGAUGGGGCAGCAAGAAGUAGUGGGGCAGGUGCGGGAAUUGUCUUUGUGACACCGUCAGGAGGUCUGAUACCUUAUUCUUUCCAUAUUCUAGCUAUAUGCACAAAUAAUGUAACAGAAUAUGAAGCAUUAGUUAUCGGCCUCGAAGUUGCACUCGAAAUGAAAAUACAAUCAUUGGAGGUAUUUGGCGAUUCUCUUUUGGUUAUUAAACAAAUGAGUGGUGAAUUUGCGGUCAAGCAUGAGAAUUUAGUCCCUUAUCAUGAAAAGGCUAAACAUUUGCUUGGCCAAUUUCAAGAUAUAACUCUAAAUCACAUCCCUAGAUCAAAAAAUGGUAAAGCUGAUGCAUUGGCUAAUUUAGCUGCAUCACUAAUACUUCCUGAAGAAAGGGAUAUCCAAAUUACCAUAGGGGAACGGCAUGUAUUAUCCCAAUCUACGGAAAGAGUUGAAGAAGAAAAUACAGUCAACUUAAUAACUUUCCUGGAUAGUGCAAAUGAAAAUGAUUGGCGUCAGCCAAUCAAAGACUACAUCCAAAAAAGGAGUCUUGCCAGAAGACUUGAAGAAAAGAGUGGAUGUAAGAAGAAGAGUGCCUCGAUUUGUGGUCUUCAAUGA